UGAUCACAGCACUGCAGCAGACACGGCUCAGCACUGCACAGCUGCCCACUGCCCCACCACAAUGAGAGUGACUGUCGCUAUGAUGUUCGGGGGCGUGGUCCUGGCCGCCUGUCUCCUCGCCACCACUGCAGCGCCGAACCCACUGUGGAGCCUGAACCUCGAGAAUGCCAGCCGUGGCAGCGGCAGCCGCAGCAACAGUCGCUCUGUUGAGGAGAGGCUCGUGAAGAGGAGCCUGAAUCUCGAGGAUGCCAGCCGCAGCAACAGUCGCUCAGUUGAGGACAGGCUGGUGAAGAGGAGCCUGGACCUCGAGGAUGCCAGCCGCAGCAACAGUCGCUCUGUUGAGGACAGGCUGGUGAAGAGGAGCCUGAAUCUCGAGGAUGCCAGCCGCAGCAACAGUCGCUCUGUUGAGGACAGGCUGGUGAAGAGGAGCCUGAAUCUCGAGGAUGCCAGCCGCAGCAACAGUCGCUCAGUUGAGGACAGGCUCGUGAAGAGGAGCCUGAACCUCGAGAAUGCUAGCCGUGGCAGCAACAGUCGCUCUGUUGAGGACAGGCUCGUGAAGAGGAGCCUGGACCUCGAGGAUGCUAGCCGUGGCAGCAACAGUCGCUCUGUUGAGGACAGGCUCGUGAAGAGGAGCCUGAACCUCGAGAAUGCCAGCCGUGGCAGCGACAGCAGCAGCGGCAGUCGCUCCGUUGAGGACAGGCUCGUGAAGAGGAGCCUGAACCUCGAGAAUGCCAGCCGUGGCAGCGACAGCAGCAGCGGCAGUCGCUCCGUUGAGGACAGGCUCGUGAAGAGGAGCCUGGACCUCGAGAAUGCCAGCCGUGGCAGCGACAGCAGCAGCGGCAGUCGCUCUGUUGAGGACAGGCUCGUGAAGAGGAGCCUGAACCUCGAGAAUGCCAGCCGUGGCAGCGGCAGCCGCAGCAACAGUCGCUCUGUUGAGGACAGGCUCGUGAAGAGGAGCCUGAACCUCGAGGAUGCCAGCCGUGGCAGCGUCAGUGACUCUGUUGAUGAGAGGCUUGUGAAAAGGAGUCUGAACCUCGACGAUGCCGGAAGCAGCGGCAGUGACUCUGUUGAGGACAGGCUCGUGAAGAGGAGCCUGAACUUCGAGGAUGCCAGCCGUGGCAGCGACAGUGACUCAGUUGAGGAGAGGCUCGUGAAGAGGAGCCUGAACCUCGAGGAUGCCAGCCGUGGCAGCAUCAGUGACUCUAUUGAAGAGAGGCUCGUGAAGAGGAGCCUGAACCUCGAGGAUGCCAGCCGUGGCAGCGGCAGUGACUCAGUUGAGGAAAGGCUGGUGAAGAGGAGCCUGAACCUCGAGAAUGCCAACCGUUUCAGAGGCAGUCGCUCUGUUGAGAACAGGCUCGUGAAGAGGAGCCUGGCGCUGCACGACUCCAGCAGCAGCAGCGGCAGCGACUCACUGGAGUAGAGAGAAGCUGUGACGGACUCACCUUAAGGAGACAGACAACCAUGCCAGUGGCAGCCACCAUGGCCUUCCCCCCCCUCCACCACCACCACCCGCUCUUCCUAGAGCUCCCAACAAGUUGACAUCUCUCUCCAUCUAUCUAUCUAUCUAUCUAUCUACAUCUCUCCUGUUCAUCGCCUCUGAUCUGUCCUCACUAACCGUUUCCCUAUUGUCUCAUCAACACCAGAGAGUAGUUCAGCAUGCUCUCUAAAGACAGCCUCUCUAUCCACACCACACUAAAUUCACACAACAUACACACCUUUUCCCAAAAUUCAAAAUUCAAAAUGGCGUACUAAAACAAUGCCUCGGGGUCCCCCCCUGGAGGGGGGACCACAAAUUCCCCCAAGGAGGACUCCCCUUCUGGCUGCCGACUUAAGAGGUAUCUUGAUAACUCUUCGAACCUCUUUCUUAUCAAUUUUUGCAACAUUCGCGGUCUUGGUUCUAAUUUUCAUUCUGUGGAACACCAUCUCUCUUCCUUUAAACCUCAUCAUCUCUUCCCCACCGAAACACAGGUUUUGAGGCUACUGACAGCAAUCUCUACUCUGUUCCCACACCACUUGCUCUCGUGCCCACGACCUUGACUCUUCAGAAUUAUCCACCAUCUGGCUAAGACUUCAUUGUCAGAGGUGGGCAACUGCGGUACUUAGUGCGGUAGUGCGCUAGUACCGCAUCACAAAAAAAGUACCGCGCUACCGCAAACUUUCUGAAAAUACCGCACUACCGCGGACCGCACUAAAAAAACCUGCGGUGCUUUUUGCGGUACUUAGAAAACCAUCGAAGACAUUUGCAGCGCGGCAUGCUCACAGAAAUGUCUUUUUUUUUAUUGUUUUACAGUGACUCGGAAUCAAUCAGUCAAUCGGUAGCAGUCAUCAGAAUCAGUGAUUCAAUCAUUAUGACUUUUCAGUUAUUGUUCAAAAUUAAAUACUAAAUGAACAACUCAGAGUAAAUCUGUUCGUCACUCAACCCGAGGCGGCGCGCCACGACUGUGACGAUGACUGUAGGCUACAUGGCAGUGUACAACAGUACAAGUAAGCACUAACAUGAUCGCCGCUCAAUCUCAUGUCACGUACAAAUUUUUCUUUGAUGUAUAACAUUAACAUAGACCACAGUACAUACUAAAUCUGUUUUUUAACUUCAUUGUAACUUCUCUCUC